AUGAAUCAAACCCGUUCCACCACCUUGCAGUCAUCCCGAGAAAGGAGAAUUGAAAGAAUCCUGCGGCUGAAGAAGUCUCUAGUGCCAGGGAACUGCUUCGGAGAGGAAGCCCCUGGGACGCGAUCAUGGAGGAACAGUGCCCUCGUGCGGCAGCUCUGGGCACGACCUGCGGGGCCGGCAUUCUCUCCCUUGGCCCUCGCUCCUCGCCUCGGCCUGGUAAAGGGUGAUUUGGCUAUCUCCCCUGUUGGACCAUCAGCUCCAGGACAGCUUCAGUGCCUUCUUACAGCCAGGUACAUAUUAGAUACAAUACAUACUUGUUGA